CUACGGUAGUAAUGGUGGAUAAACGAGAGCAAGAGUUGAAUAUCUGUGGAAUUGAAGAAUUUACAAAGGAAUCACAAAAGGAGGUGCAGCGGUAAAACGCUGUAAAUUAGUUGUGGAGCAGUUUAGAAAGCAGAAGCAGCAGCAGCAGCGCAUAUUUCAGCGGCAACGCUGCUGCUACACGGAUUAUGGGCUGUGGACAAAGUAAAAUCCAUUUAUAUCCCAGAAAAUCAAAAAGCAAAGCAAAUGGAAAGAAAGGAGGUCACGCUGACUCAGAUGCUGAAACAGACGAAGAUGAAGGCCACAUUGAAGACGCAGAGAAGUGUCAAAAUCGAGAACGUGAUAAACAUGAUGAGAACGAUGAGCAAAGCAAUAAAGAUGCACAGGACAAUGAUGAGGAUGUGUCUGUAUCACUACUGCGAGCCAAAAAUCUAUCCUUGCUGCAAAGCCAAGAAAUUUCUACGAGCCAGCAGAACUUCUUUCGCAUGCUUGAUAGAAAGAUUGAAGAGGGACCCGAUUACGAUUCAUCGAGUGAGACGGAGAUCGCACUUGAAGAGGCCAGACUGAAUGCUUUAGUGCAACACUGGGAGUCAGCGAGUCUGACUGCCUCUAUUUGCUCCUCCGCCAGCCGCUCGUUGCAAACGACACCGAUUCGCCAAGCACCAGUAAAACAACUGGCAACGACCAGAACCGUGAUGCAGCCCACGGUCGCUGUACCGGUACCGAUGCCGAUGCCAGUGCAGCAACCAGUGCUGGCCACAGACUUUCUAGCACAUGGCGUGUCACCAACGGCGGCUCAGUUGUCGGCGGCAGCGGUAGCGGCCGGCGGUACACUGAAGCAUCAUCAAGGAUCCCAGCAGAUUGUAAUUUCGCACAUGAACACCAAAAUGUUGCACCAACUGGCCGUUGUGCCACAAAUGCCAAUCAGCAUGACGCCAGAAACUUCCGCAACCACCGCUAAUACGUCCAACGCCCUCGCACUACUGCAGGCGUCCAAUCAAACACCGCAACCGCAGUACACGCAGCAUUUGCUCUCCAGCAGCUCUCCACAACUGCUCGGCAAUAUAAAGUCGAAUGUUAGUCCUAAACGCUUAAUAGAUGGUCGGUUGCUUAUGAAUUCCAGUCCGCUUGCACAACAAAUGCACACCGUGACAACGCCGCUGCCUAACGCAUAUAUAAGUGGAUCAGCACAACAAACGGCAGCUGCAGUAGCAUCAGCAGGCAAUAGCUAUGCCAACGGAGGCGCCAAUAGCGGUUGUUCAUCCCAACCAACCAUGCCCAUGCAGCUAGCAUAUUUCGGACAACCACCACAAAUGCAUCAGCAAAUGCAACAACAAUAUCAGCAACAGCAGCAUCAAACGUCAAAUGCAGCAUUGGCCAUGGCGACCAUGACAAUGACAGGAACACAAAAUGACCAACAAACUCCGCAAGGCCAAAGUCAACCAUACUACGGUGACCAAAUACAAAUGCACGCGAUGCAGCCGCCGACGGAAUACAAAUUUCCGCCAGCAAUCAGCGUUCAACGCCUCGCGCCUCAAGUACAGCGACAGCUGCGCGAAACACAAGAACUGAUAAAAGACUCAUGCCCCCAAUUAUUCGCAGCGGGUUAUGGCGGCAGUCCCGGACCACCGAUACGAAACCAGGCCAAAAAUCCUAACCGAAGACCCACCCUGGAGACGCAAUUCUCACAGGAAAGCUCGUGAUAUCUAUACAAUUAAAAUAAACCCAGCGCCAAAACUCUAGUAGACGUUUGCGGAAACAACAAAGCCCUACAUUCAGUGCCCUUGAGAUUACCAGUGACGAAUCGCCCGCAAACAGUGCAAAGUCGGACGAUAUAAUAUACCACAAUAUUAUAUAUGUAUACAUACAUGCAUACAUACAUACAUACAUAAAAGCCGAAGAUGAAAAUAUUGGGCC